CUUGAACUUGAAGCGAGCGCGGUCAGAAGCGAGCGCGAUUCUAAAGCUCAUAGCUAGUAGGGGCAAGGUGCUCAACAAAGCAUUGCAACAGGCAAAAGGACAAUCACAAAGCUGUGCCAGCAGCAAGAAAGGGCGGCCGCUGCGCUGUUCACCCUUUCGCUGAGCCAAGCAUCAGCCCACUGGCGAUUUGAUAUGCCGCUGCCUUAAGUUAACAGCCGCAGCAUUGUUCUGAUAUAGAUCGAUGGCGGUGCGAGCGGCCCAGCGAGUGGGCGCCAGCAACACUGCCAAGUGGUUUGCCGACCGCACACGAAUCGCAGCCUCGCCAGUCAAAGCAGGGAAUUGCUUGGUUACUGCUCUAGCUGUUGAAACAGAUUGCUCAAGGGGGGUCAGUCUGUUCAUCUCAGCACUUAGCAGGAAAACCACUGUCUCCAACUUGAAACAGUGUGCUUCAGUCGCCGGAUUCCCAAUCGUCAACCUAAGUCCACCACUCAGGGGCGUCCGCAAUAAAAGAAGGAGCUCCGCCAUCCCACGAGCUUCGGCCACCGCUCUCACAUCAUCGAAUGAUGAAGCAACUCACAACAACUUACAGCAGGAGCACUACGACAGAGACUAUGCAGCCUACAUCCAGGAGGUUCCACCUAAAGUCACGGAGUCCUUGGAAAAGAUUGUAAAUGCCGCCAGUUUGAAACCGUCUCACAAGGUGUUAGACUGCGGCUGUGGACCGGGCCGCUUGAUCCCCCAUAUACUGGCGGCUGGAGUGGAAGAUGUAGUAGCGGUUGACCUGUCUAUCAUGAUGAUUGCCCUGGUGAAAGAGCAGUUUGACAAUGUGCGCUGCUGGCAAGGGGAUAUAGUGAAUCUGCCUCCAGCGUUCGGGCCUUUUGAUGCAAUCUUUGUGAACGAAGUCCUGGAGAGUGUGCAUUCGCAGGAGGCGGUGCUGAAAGCAGUGGCCGGAUUGCUCCAACCAGGGGGAGCAAUCAUCAUCAGUCACUCGCAAGGGCGGCGAGUAUCUGAGUUCUACAAGAAAAAGAGUCCUGAGCUCCACCCCCAUAGUCUGCCAGAUACAGAGGAGCUGAAGAAGCUGGCGGAAGGCGCCAGUUUAGAUGUAGAGGCGUUCACAGAUGCUGAGGACUUCUACCUGGCUGUCCUGAGGGACUCUCGAGCAUCAAGCGAAACGCCUAGGCGAAGGGAAGAGGCGGCAACGUCUGAUUGGGAAGAUGAUCCAUACUACUUCGCAAAAGCGCCCCUCUACAUGAAGACGCCCGUCGUGUCUGGAUUCGGCCGGGGGAGCCGACAGCUUGGAUUCCCAACUGCAAACCUGGCGCCGGAGCUGCUGGUCAAGGAAUUAGACGGGCUGAUGAACGGGGUCUACUUCGGCUGGGCGCGGCUAGUGGCAGAAGGGAAGGACGACAAAGUCUACAAAAUGGUCAUGAACGUGGGCAACCGACCGACGUUCGCGGACGGCGCCGGACAGACGAUCGAAGUUCACGUUUUGAACAAGUACGAGGCGGAUUUCUACGGAGAUGAGUUGAGGGUCGUGGUUCUAGGCUGCAUACGACCGGAGCAGAAGUUUUCGUCCGUCGCGGAUCUAGUGAACCGGAUAAAGGAGGACGUGGCCAUCACGGAAGAGGCUCUCGAAGAUGACAGUAAGCGACAAUUUAGCCGAGACACGUUUCUACUCGGCUAGACGUGCUAUCCUUAUACGUGACCACCCUCCAUAUGCGCAGCAUCAAUGCUGCCGGACUAGAUCCCAGCUUUCUGCCUGAUGUAACGACUUGGUGGUAAGGUCAAAUUUGGCCAUGCACAUCCGGAUCGGAAUGCUUGGGUGGGGCCUUCGCUUCAUUGACAAUACCGUAUAUGAAGCUCCGAGCAUUACUAGUCCUUCCAUGGUCUGACCAUGAUUCUUUGU